AGCCGACAUGACUGCAAUGGGAGAACUGGUGCUGGUGCUGGGCUUACUGGUGAGCGCUCUCUGUGAGAUGAGAGCAAGAGACCCCGAGGUGGAGGAGGAUGAGGAGGGACUGGGAGGAAGAGGAGGAGGAGGAGGAAGAGGAGGAGUGUACCAACCUUACCUAGAGAGGUUUCUCCAAGGGGCGACAGAGACCCCCCCUUUGGGAGAGGGAGGCAAUUACCCAGCCCGAACCGGGAACUGGUGUGCGUUUGUUCAGAGGCGCGUUGUGUCCUCUUCGGUGGUGUGUGGAACAGAGAAAUAUACCAUCAGGUCUCAGAGUCCGUGUCCCAGCGGCGACCCUGACUGUCAUUUGAUCAUGUAUAAGCUGUCCUCCCGGCCGCUCUACAGGCAGAAGCAGAAGAUCGUGACCGCCCUGCUGUGGCGCUGCUGCCCGGGACACAGAGGACCCGACUGUGAGGACACAGACCCUGAUGCACAGCAGGAUUCUGGGGGCUUGGCUCUGAUUGGAGGAUCUGAACCAGUGAGGACAGAGCUCCACGCUCCAGGUGUGCAGGCUCGGAUCCAUCAGCAGCGCAGCGACCCAAACAGGGAGCAGAACGAUUACCAUGACCCCCCAGUUCACCAGAAACACCCGGACCAACAGAAACACCAGGAAGACCAAAAGCACCAAGACCAGGACCACCGGGGUCACCGGGGACACCGGGACUAUCAGCAGCGCCAGGACCUCCAGGACCUGUACGACCAUCAGGACCAAAAGACCGACAGCACCACGCCCUCCCUGCUGGACAGGGACCAACAGACAGACAGCACCACGCCCUCCCUGCUGGACAGGGACCAACAGACAGACAGCAACACGCCCUCCCUGCUGGACAGGGACCAACCGAUCGACAGCACCACGCCCUCCCUGCUGGACAGGGACCAACAGACAGACAGCACCAUGCCCUCUGUAAUAGACCUGGUCCAGGACCACACAUCACCCACCACCGCAGACCCAAUUUACGUCCACCGUCACAGGGAGCCGGAACACCAUCGUCCUCAUGAGGUGGAUGCCCCCUCCACCCCCCACAUGGUGGCGCUGGUCCUGUCCCAGCUGCAGCCGCUCCUCCAGGGCUUCAACCGCUCCCUGGAGCUUCUGAGCCGGCAGGUGCGGGACCUGGCCCAGGACGUGGCCCAGUUAAAGAGCCACCCACUGGGGGACGAGAUGCUGGCGGAGCCCCUGGAUAACCCCGGGCUCGACGAGGCCGUGGAGCAGCGCCUGGACGCCAAAGUGGAGGAUCACAUCAGGGAGGUGCAGAGGCAGUUAGAGGUCCAGCGGAGCCACAUGGAGCACAGGCUGCUCUCCCAGCAUGCAAUGCUGCACUACAACCUCACCAGCUUUAAGACGGACAUUGAUGUGAAGCUGAAGAGUAACCAGAAGAUGCUGCAGGUCAGCCUGCAGGCCAUGAACGCCACACUGACUGAGCUGAAGCUGGACCAGGACCAGGACGAAGAACAGGAACAGGAACAGGAACAAGACACAGACCAGGAUCUCUUCCUUCCUUUCUCCCUGUCUACCCUCCGCCCACAGAUGCCGUCUUCAGACACGGCAGCGCUAUGGGAGGCCGUCAAGCGUCUGGACAACAUGGUGGUCAACAACACGGUGAAGGUGGGGGGGCUGCAGGAGGACAUGGAGGCCGCCUCGGGGGGCAUACAGCAGCUGCGGCGCGACCAGAAGCAACUGGUGACGCUCAUUAACCAAACAGCUCGCAAUGGGCAGGUCCGGUUCAUGGAGACGGGGCUGGAGGUGGAGGCGGCGCGGGAGACGGUGCUGCGCCGGGUGGGGGAGGUGGCAGGAAACCUCAGCCUGCAGGGGUUGCGGCUGCAGGAGAUGGACGUGGACGUGGACUACCUGUAUGAAGUCUUCUACAAACACAACGCCACCACGGGCUGCGACUGCACUGUACUGCAGGACGCUGUGCGCCGGCUGGAGAGGGGCGUGGCUAAUGUGACGGAGCUGGCCAAUGAGAACAGAGUAGCACUUGAGGAGGAGGGCAACGAGGAGGCAGCGCAGUGGGGCGGGGAAUGGGGGCCUCCAGUGGAGGCGCUGAGGCAUGGACUCCAACAGGUGAAGGAGUCCCUGUCCUCCGAACAGAAUCACACACGGGCCGUGGAGCUCGACUUGAGCAAGGUCAGGAGCACGUUGACGGAGACGCAGACGCAGGUGUCCGGGCUGCAGAAAGAGGACGCGAGGCUGACGGAGCACAUGCUGCGUCUCUCUGCCUCCUUCAAGUCUCUGCUGACGGACGCCAUCAGACACAGCGAUGUGCUGGAGCUCCUGCUGGGGGAGGAGGUGAUAGAGUUCCUGGAGUGGCCUCUCCAGGACCAGGAGGCGCACUCAAUCCCCAACCUGAAGGAGCAGCUGAGGCUAAUGCAGGAGCAGCUGGGAAAGCGACGCAAACCAGGAGGCAGAGAAGAGGUACCGUCUGCAGACCAGCCUUCAUCUUCCUCCUCCUCUCAUCUACUCCCAAACAUGGGGAGAAGCAGCUCAGGAUCUGCAGCCCGGGAGCGUCAGCAGCUCCUCCUGCAGCCCGAGGGGAGGCGUCCGGUGCACGGGGGAGACGGAGGCGACCUGUGGAAGCUGGAGCAGAGGGUGGAGGAGCUGGGGUUGAAGGUGCUCCGCCUGCAGGAGAAGCCACACAUAACUUCCACAGAAAGGGAGGCGCCCCCCGGUGGUGUGGAUGCCAAACUCCAGGCAGAGGUGCAGUGGCUGAGGAGAGGCCUGGAGGAGCACCUGAAGGUCUUCAAGAACGUGUUCAGUAACGCUGACGUGUUGAUGAGCUCCGAGGCGUCGCUGCAGCUCGACCAGCUGUGGCAGCUGCUGAGGGAGAGACAGGGGAGGAAGGAGAGGAAGAAGGGAGGACAUGAGAGGAACAGGAGAGAGGACUUAGGUGUGGCCCCAGGCCCCCCCAGCCUCUCAGGGGCUUCCCUGCUGAUCGUGGCCGGCUCUCCUCGGUACGUUUCCAACUUCCUCGUGUUUGAAGCGUCUCUGAACCACGAUCAGGUUUACUCCGACACCGGUGUCCUCACGGCUCCUCUGAGCGGGAUCUAUCUGUUCGCCCUCACCCUGGACCUGACGCCGGGCCCCACACAUGUGCUGCUGAGGAGGGGGGAGGCAGGGGAGGUGCCAGUGUCCCUCCCUCGACGGGGGGGGACAGAGGGGCCCGUCACAGGUGUGGUGAUCCUGUCACUGAGGAGGGGGGAGGAAGUGAAGCUGGAGAUGCAAGAAGGAGUGUGGAGGCAGUCGAAGGACAAUGUGUUCACCGUGCUUCUGCUGCACCAAACCACCUGAGGGCGCUGUGGGCAAAACAGACUUUCUAAAAAUAUAUUUUAUUGUACAAAAUGAGAUUAAAUUGCAAAAUCCCCCCAAAAAUGUCACAUUUAUUACAGUUUAAAACAGUGCAAAAAGAUCCUAAAGCAUAAAUCAGAGAAAAAAAACUGUUUUUAUCCGUUCUGUAUUGAAGUGAUUUUGCUGCACUUCACCACUAGAGUGCGCUAUGGACCAAACACAUUAUUGUACAAGAUCCAAUGAUCCAAAACUCAUGUGGGAAUGAGUCUAAAAUACCUGAAGUGAGUCCGCAUUUUAGCACUUGCUUUUCCCCCAUCUGGAAGUCAAUGGUCUUUGGUUAGAAGCCUAAAAUAAGGUAUGUGGUUAAAACAAGCUGAGGAGAUUUUAAAGCUUUCUAUGACACAAAAUAAGUCAUUAAAUACCCCACCGGUGAAACAGUCCAAUGAGACAACUAAACAUCAUCUCACCCAACAUCAGCCACCUUUAGCUUAGAGGUGGUGACGUCAUGUGACCGUGCUGUAGUUAUUUAUAGCAUGGCUUUUUACUUCAAAAAUCAUAAAGUGGUUUUAUUAUGUGGAGAACAUCCUGCUGAAGAGUUUAUUUCCCCUGAAUAAUCCAAAAUCUACACUGCUGAGGGAGCCAGUGUGAACUUUAGAGGUGUAAUAUAUGUUUUAGCUUUGGAAAGGGCCAGGCUAUCUGAUUACAGUCUUUAUGCUAAACUAAGCUAAAUUCCUGACUCCUGCUCCACAAACACAAAGAGAACAUGAAGUUAUAUUUUAUGGAUCUGGUUGAGUCUAAUAUAUUUACCUUCUUCAUUAUUCUGACCACAGAUCAGCUGCUGCCAAUCAUGUCCUAUCUUUAAUUCACAUAAAGAACAUAUUUGAGUGUGUAAUGUUUGUAAAGUACCACCAUACUAUGGUAAAAAAAAAUCAGAGCAGAAUAUAUAUAUUUAUAUACAGGAACAGCUGAGGUGUGUGAUGAUGUGUUUUUAUGAUAAAGCAUUCUUUGUUAACUGUAACUUAAUAAAAAGGUUUUAUCUACAGGAGCGUUUGUUUGAUCCACAAUACAUAAGAGACAAAAAGAGACUGCUCAGAAAUGUAUUUUAGCCUUUGCAGACCAUUUUUACAUGCACCAAAACUUUCAGGAACCGGAAAAUAAAUCAAAAAUGAUCACCGUAUAUUCCUUGUAUAGAGUGGGAUGUAAUGUAAUAGUAUGAAUAUGUAAAUAUAAUAAAGAGAUUUGAUGUUGUGACUCAG